CCGUAUCGAUCCCCGAGGAACCCGUACGUCCCCCUCCUGGAGCGCGGUGGAUCGUAACGGGGUUCGGCCGGGACGCGAUAAAAUAGCAGGGUAACACCUGUCCUUUAUUCCUACCUCGGAAACCUACCGGGAGUCGAAGUUUUACUGGAUGCAGGUGUUCGCGGUUGUCCGACCGGGGUGUAACGCGGUGUGUUAUCUGUGUUGAAAAUAAAAAAAAAAACAACGAGUAAAAAAAAAAUCAAUUUCAAACGGCUAGUUUGUCGGUCGAUCGUGGAGCGGAACAGUCGCGACACGAUCGCCUCCGAUAGUCUUCUCCUCGGAGUGAAUUCAAGUUGAAUUCAACAUUGGAGGUCGCGCAGCGAGGAACCAGGCGCUUGGAAAAAUGUCAAUUUUUCUCGAAUUUUUUGUAAAAUCAUUUUAUCCUUCGCACAAUACAGACGAGUCGAAUACCGCUGUGAUGUAAUCCCUUUUUGAAAAUGAGUGUCUCCCAGGAGAGUGCGACAACUAUUGUCUGCAGGGAAGUAUUCGACGAAUCUUCGCAUCCCUCGCACGAAGAGGUUCUCGACUAUGCCACCCGACUCGGAAUCGACCCGGAGGUCGAGCCCCACCUUUUGGGCCUUGCCAAGGACGGCCUUAUGGCCGCCUUGCCCAAGGGAUGGUCCCCGUGUUUCCACGAGGCAACGGGCGCGUGGUAUUAUUAUCAGGCUGCGACGGGAACUACCACCUGGGAACACCCCCUGGAUUCGGUCUACAAGAAGUUGGUAGAAAACGCGAGAGCCGGAAAUCGUCAACAGAGUGUCGAGGAUGAUUCGAAAACGACUACGAGAGAUCUCGAGUCUCACGAAGAGGCUACUCUUCCGAAAGAAGCGGUAAAGCCCGUCGUGCAUCAGCAGACGAAACUUCCCGCUAAAUUAACCCCGUUGAAAAAAUCGAAGAGCGACGUACUGGGCGCGAGGAAGAAGGAGUUUCGAAGCGAGAAAACGGUCAAUCCGAAGAAAGAGAAUGACUCGAAAUUCGACAGUUCGUUCAGCUCGGCGAGCGACAGAGCGAGCAGAGAUUACACGAAUCUUCGCUUCCAAGAUCCGAAUUUUUACGAAAGUCCAAAACUACUGGACACGGCGAAGGACGACGAAGUGGACGAGCGGUCGAAAACGUGGAAAAAAGAAGUCGAUCUAGAGGAAAUUCUGAAAAGAUCGGAAAUACUCAGUCCGAGAUACGAACAAGAUCGGGAACAACUUUCGAGCAAAUUCAGCUCCGAGGAGAAUAUCAUCGACAUCGACAAACUCAGCAUAAAUUCUUUCACCAAAUCUGACGACCUUCCGGACAAACCGAAUCCCGAAACGAACCCGAGACGCUCGGGUCAGCUGAAAGAAUUGACGCUCAGCGGAGGCGGCUCGAUGUUCCUGAAGAGUAACAGGAGUAAGGACGUCACCCCCAGUCUCGACGAAGAAAUGCAGAAGGAUUUCUUCGGGCUGCCAUCGGCGGACGACAAAGAGCCGUCCCCGGUUGUCGGCGAGCGGCCCAAGUCGAUACUACGUGAAAAAACGUCGGAAGACGAUGACAGGCACGUAGAGGAGGAGCGUAAAAGCGUUCGUUUCGAUUUAGAGAAGGAAGCGGACAUAAAAUUCACUUACUCCGGAUCGGAGGACGAGUGGGACACGGAAUCGGAUCCGGAAGCGAACAUCGGAAUAUCGGCUACCGUGACGAACAAAAAUUCCGAGCCUCCCUCGACCUCGGGGCCCGAAACUUCGGACCCCCCGAAAAACGACGAACGCGACGCUCCCGAACAACCGAAGAAGGAUCAUCCGAAGGAGAGAUUACCGGUUACCGUAAAACAGCACACGGUUGUGGCCAAGAGAUUUCUCGUCGAAAACGUUACGGAGAACGAACACUUCCAUCAAAUAUCCAGGGACAGGUCGAGCGACACGGACGGAGGUGGGGAUUAUAUAGCGAAUAGAUUUGAGAACGUUAAGAAUAUCGAUCAACUGUCGAAGAGUGACAACGACAGCGGCAAUACCGCGAAGAGCGGCGAGUCGAGAUCCAGCGUACUCGAGGAGAUCCGGAGGAGCAAGGAAAUUAUGAUGGAGAAUAUGAAAAAGUCCGAUAUUCGGGUGAUGAACGAUCUUCAGAAGGAGAAGGAGGAGGCCUAUCAUCUGAUGAAGAUUAAACACGACCUCGAGGCCGCAAGGAGCGAGCGCGAAAAGUCGAAAGUCAGAGGGAUAAAUUUCGAGACUUUGAAAUCCAGCGUUAGAAGGGAACGCGAAAAGGAGUUGCAGGAUCUCAAAGACGAUUUUCAGAUAAGAUACGAGGACACGAAAAACGAGUUCGAAGCCAUGUUCGACGACGAGAAGGGCUACCUGGAGGAAAGUUUAAAGGAGAGACUCGAGGAGCUCAGGGAAAAGAUGAGCGAGCGAGAAAAAAAUGAGAUCCGGAACCUGGUGGCUGAGAUGGACAAGAUAAGGGUCGAGGAACUGAACAAGCUGAGAUGCGAGCUCGAAACUUGUUACGAGAAGGAGAAGCAGGAGAUUUUGGAAAACUUGAAGAUCGAACUCGAGCAAAAAAAGAAGGAACUGCUGGAGCACAGGACGCAGGAGAUCGAGAAGCUGAAAUGCGAGUACAAAAAGGCUCUCGACGAAGAGAAGAGUCUGAAAAUUGCCGAACUCGACCUGGGCAAGGAGCACGGGGUGAAAAUCGGAGCUUUGAAAUUAAAAUUGGAACAAGAAUUCGAGGAAACUGUCUUGGAACUCCGGAUGCAGCAGAGGGAGAAGAUUUCAAAAGUCACCGAGGAUCACGAGAUCUGUCUCGCUGAAAUAUUGCGAGAUUUCAGGACCGAAGAAGAUCUCGCGCGAAAGGAGUACAAGCAACGGCUCGAAGAGAUGCGAGCUUCGUUUUCUCGAGAUUUCGAGAAAGAGAUGAAGAAGCAGAGCGAUCGUUUGGUCAGACCGGACUCGGUCGAUUUCGAAACGAUACGCUGCGAAAAACGACUGGUGGAGGACAAAUACAAAACGCUCAAAGAAAAGUACCUGAAAUUAAAAAACGAUGUGCGAUUGGCGGUGGAGUCCAGAAGCAGAAGGAAAGAGGCGAACGCGACCGCAUCGGAAACCGAGAGAUCGACAUCCGCUAGAACGAAAACAGAACGCACGGAAUCCACGGAUCAAAAAGCUCCGCUGAAAAAGACGCAAUCGUUCUCAAAGCUCUCGGACAAUAUAAAUCAAAAUGAGAAUGGCGCCGCGGAGGAAACAGCGGAAGGUGCAUCGUCGUGUCAAAAGACACCGGGGUUUCCGAAAGUUUCUGGCGUACAGAAAAACGUUCAGAAUAAAUUAGAGUCGGACGACACGACGACAGCGAGCGAACAAAAUUCGAAUCUAUUGAAAAAGAAAAAGUUAUUCACUAAGAAGGCGGCCAGUACAUCGAAAUUGAAUAACAACGUUGAAAAUCCCGUCGAAAACAUCAGAAAACAAUUGGAAAAAUUGGAGGACUUGGGGGACCAAUUGCCGAGCAAUGAAACGGCCUACACUUUGAGAUAUCCCUUCCAGGAUAAAGCGCCGGCAAACGCAUCGUCAGACAUCGAGUUUUUCCGGCAUCGAAUCCACGUUGAAAGAGAUUCGGUAAGAAGAGCAAGAGAAGCGUUGCACCAACAGCGCAAUGUCUUCCAGGGCAGACAAAGGGCUUGGAAACAGCGAAGCGUGAGAGCAACGUUAGAGCAACUGGUCCAGGAAGAGCGCGAACUCUCCGACAUGGAAGUUAGUUUGCACCGAACAAGGAGUCUGCUGGGUGAAAAAGUUAUCCACUUGCGUCACCUCGAACGAUCCCUCGAAAGGGUCGCGAAUGCGAAGAGGAAUAAAAACGAGCAAACAGCGAAGAGCGACGAGUUAACGUUGAGCGAUAUUUCCAGCGCGAGUAGUGGCUUCAGUUCGACCGAUCUCGAGACCGAUACUUUUAUCGGCAAGUCCGAACACUACCAAGAAUCAACGGAGAUAAUAGCGAGCCUCGAGAAUCUAAAUUCGGAGAUUCGUGAAAUAUGGGGUGUUCUGAACAAGCGACAGGACAACAGCGUACCCCCACCUCCGACAUUGAUGUACUCAGAUUUACGCUGGCUACCACCUUAUCAGCAGUUGUCCACGCCGGCUAACAACGUUCAAGCCUUCGGCACCCCGAACAUCCAGUCGAAUAUACUGUCUCAAUUGACCGGAGCUCAUCCGCCGACAACGACUACGCAGAAUAUAAUUUCGCAAUACGGGCCAACGAGUGGUUACACUACGAGCGUUGGAAACGUCGAAAGGACGACGUCGAAUCUCAUGGAAAGGACGAGAAAUCUGCGAGAUUGGCUGAGGCAGGCGCGUGUCGAGAGUACCGAUCUCGUUAGCCCCGGUCAAGCCACCCUGUAGAUCGGAAUGUAGAUCGGAAUCAUUUGGAUCCGGUGAUUACGAAAAACGAAACCACCAUGUCUACUUAUCGGAGUGCGGAAAAUGUGUGAGUACGUAAUGGGGAUGGAAUUUGCAUGACAAUUUGGGGGAAAGGAAAUCACCAGGUUUGGGUACGAUGCAUGGUAUGGGUAUAUUCAUUAUAUUCGUGCGAGAAAAGAAAAAAAUUAGAGAAAGAAAACCAAAAAUGAGAGAAUAAUCGCCGGGUGUUUGAAAUGAUCGCACCGUCGUCGACGUAGUAUUAUACUUCCAUAGGCAUUUACGAGAGAACGAAGAAAAAAAACCAAAAACUGAAAAACAAAUAUUGAUAAUCAAAAAUAACAAUUAAAAAAAUGCCUCAAUUCCUACGAUAUAUUAUAUAUACGUAUAAAUAUCAUCGCACAAUCGAAAAAGUGGCGCCAUUUCGUCACGAUUACAAUAUUUCAUAGAAAAAUGUUUUUUUUUUCCUCAAAGUUGAUGAAAGAAAAAAAAAAAACUAAUUGACAACAACCAAUGUCAGCGAAAAUAUUUCAGCACUACUUCCCUUUACCUACCUCUUCAUUGCUUUGUUGCAAAUUAAAAGAAAAAAAAAAACUCCAAGAAACAUAAUACAUACAUAUUGAAACUAUAAUAUAUUAAUGAAAUACAAGACUAUUUAUAUAACAAUAAUGCUUUACGGAGUAUAUGUGUUAAUGAUUAUUUAAUUCAGCUGCAUCGGAAAGAGAAAUUAUUCAUCGCAAACUUGUACUAAUGAUAUUCCUAAAAUUACCUAUAUACUGAAAAAUGAGUGGCAGGAAAUGAAGAAAAAAUUUCAAUCAAUCGUAUAAACUUAUCGAGCAUAUUUCUAUAGUAAAUCUGAAUGCGCGCAAUUCCUUGUAACAAAUUAGGACAUAUAUUCAUAAAUUAUAAUUACUUGUAUACACACAAAUUAUAUGAAUAUCGCAACCGAAAUCAAGCGCUAAA